GGUAAACAUUGAUAAGAAGAUAACUGGUAGAGUUCUUUGUAGAAUCUCGCCUAAAAGGUCCAGUGUUAAAUUCAUGUGUAUAGGUAUACUGUUUGAAAUGUGCUUCAAAUACUUCAAGUCUUCUAUUCUUGUGCUAUUUCUUAUAGCAGUAUUGCAGGAAGCAGAAUGUAGACGAAAAAUUUUGAGAGGUCGCAAAACUGUAACCAGAUGGUACAUGAAGCCUCCUGGUGUUCCAGCAUGGGCCGUAGUGAUUUUGGUGGCAAUCGGACAGCUUGUAUUUGGUGGAGGUUUAUACAUUUUACUGAAGGUGUGCAUCCUGGACAAACCUAUAGCACCUAGAUACCAACAGAUAGCUCCACCACGAGAAGUAUGAUAGUGAAGAGUAAUUUUCAGAAAGGCAUGCCAAGGUCUCGAAUGCCUGUAUUUAUUAAGAGAAAUGUUUUUGUUUUAAUUUUUUUAUAAAACCAGACUAGGUUCAGAAGUCUUCCAUCAUCUGUAGAAAGUACCAAGCUCCUCUAAUUUUUCGAUCCAACUUACUAACUUUAGGCCUUCAAUGUUUUUGUCACCUGUCUAGAAGGGUCAAGAACUGUGCAAUUAGUUAGAAAAUAUACACUUCUCAACUUAAUCAUCGAGGCUUUUAUUCAAGUAUUUGAAUUAUGUAAUAGGUAUUUCUCAAUAGGCUUAAUAUAAGGGGAAUACAUAUUUUCA